AUGGGUGCAUUUAUUGCCAAGAUGCUGCUUCCGACAGUCAGCAGCCUGGUGUUUCUGCCUACAGCCAGCGUGGCCGCCAAGAGGGGCUUCCACAUGGAGGCCAUGGUCUACUUCUUUACGAUGUUCUUCACUGCGAUCUACCAUGCUUGUGAUGGACCAGGCCUCUCCAUCCUCUGUUUCAUGAGAUACGAUGUUCUGGAAUAUUUCAGUGUUUACGGCACCGCUCUCUCCAUGUGGGUCACACUGAUAGCUCUGGGUGACUUUGAUGAACCCCAGCGCUCCAGUGUUACUAUGUUUGGAGUUUUGUCAAUCGCUGUGAGGAUCUAUCAGGAUCGCUGGGGCUACGGGAUCUACUCUGGACCCAUUGGAUCUGCUGUAUUUAUCAUCACUGUGAAAUGGCUGCAGAAGAUGAAGCAGUUGAGGGCAGUCUAUCCGGAAAAGACAGUGUACACACAGCAGGUCGGCCCAGGAUGCUGCUUCGGUGCUCUUGCUCUGAUGCUGCGUUUCUACUUUGAGGAGUGGGACUACGCCUAUGUCCACAGCUUCUACCAUCUGUCUUUGGCUGUGUCUUUCAUACUGCUGCUGCCAAAGAAGAACCGCUACGCAGGAACUGGACGAAAUGCUGCCAAACUCAGCUUCUUUGGACUUUGCUGCUGCUCCAUAACUCCUGGAACCUCGAAAGAGAAGAAGGACAAGCCGAAGAAGAAGUCUUCUCGGACCGUGUGGACAGUCCCUACUGAGAAGCUGUGGACAGGACGCUGUAGCACCCCUAUCCUGCCUCUUUACAACCCCCCACCCUCAACACCUGUCAAAGGGACCAGCAUCAGCAAGCUCAAAGAGAUGAACGGCUGGAAGUGAACCCAAAAAACAGUCGAUAGAUGAUGGUCGGCUAUGAACGUGAAACAGGAAAAACACCAAAUAACUGUCAGCCAAAUUCUGAUAAACUUGUAUGUGGCUGGUAAGUUAAUCUUCUUGAGCAGGAAACCAACCAUCAUGUGGACGUUCCUUUCUACUCCAAAAAAUAUGUUUUGCUGGUAGAAUAUUUAAGGGCAGAAUGACUUUAGGCAUCCACCAGCCACUGUAGCUAUCAGGUAGCAAAGCAAAAGUAACUGGGGUAGUUAUAAACUUUAUAGUCAAGAACAAAAAGGCCUCUGGUGCUCUCAAAAUCCAGAUAAGAACCCAGUUUUCUGAAGCACUUGUCCAGAGCUGAGGACAGGCAGCGCGCUUUGAGAGAACACACACAGCAAGAACAGGGAGACGGUGGCUCAGACAAGCUAGUAAAACUGACUGGAAAAUUUACGAGAAGAAGAAACAGGCAGAUGGUUUAUCUCUCCAAAAUAUAUAAAUUGUCUUUAGAAAUGUUCCUCAGGGGAGACCUUUCGUCUGCUCGCCUGUGUCUGUCCGUCUACCCCUCCUCUUUCCCUUCCCCGUGUCUCUGAUGGAAAGGAAGCACGCGGCUGAAUUUGUAUAUGAGAAUUACAACACUGUAAAGCACAUUUGACCGUUUUUAUAUGACCUCGAGGUGCCAAAUGUGUCAUGUGGAGCAUCAGACAUGGUAGGGAGGGGAAGCAGCAGCCCAGAUGUCAGUCUGUAUCCCGACUGAAGCCUCUUGAUGUGUUUCUGGAUCAGCAGGUGAACGUCUCUGUCUGUUCACUCUGGUUCACUGACGGCUCACUUUUGGCCAUGACCUAUGUCCCCAAUGUGCACUGUUUAUACUUUGUUAUACUUCUUUUUAUCAAUA